UUUCUCUAUCUUGACUGCUCGCCUCGGACGACAACUACGACAAGCGCUUAGGUUCUCGCAAUUGAUAACGGUAAAGGGUGAUUAGUUUAUUAAUCAUCGAUAUCAGCACCGUCUAUGGAACUAGGGCAAACAGUUGGGAAUAUUUCGGCAUUCAGUUGAUCACAGCAGCUGGCUGUGCAAACAAGGAAGUCGCUUGUUUCGCUGCGCGCGUUUUUAAAGAAAUAUCCCCCCCUCCCCCCUGUCGCUGGCACAUCAGAUCGUUUCAACAUGGUCUCGUUAACGGAGCUGAAAAGAAAUACAAUAUGCCAUAUGAUAAUUGCAAUUACAUUUUUCUCCUGCGGCCUGCUCUGCAAUAUCGCCCAAUUCCUGCUCCUGAUCCUGGUGAAGCCCUUUAAUCCCCCGCUAUUCCGAAAGCUAUCGUAUUAUCCGUGCUACGCCUUCUACUCCCAGCUGGUUUCUGUCACCGAGUGGUAUGGCGGCGGCCGAGUGCACGUGUACAUGGACAGCGAGGAUUUGAAGACCGCCGGCAAGGAACACGGUCUGAUGAUUAUGAAUCACAGUUACGAAAUAGACUGGUUGUGCCUGUGGAUACUGCUCGAUAAAUUUGGAAUUUUGGGCACCGCCAAGGCGUUUGCCAAGAAACCCAUUAAGUAUUUGCCGGUGCUGGGCUGGGCCUGGUGGAUGGCCGAGUUUGUGUUCCUUGACCGGGACUUUGACAAGGAUAAGGAGAUCAUUGCCAAGCAACUGAAGCUUGUCUUCUCCUAUCCCGAUCCCGUUUGGUUAUUGCUCACAGCCGAGGGCACACGCUUCUCGCCCGCAAAGCACGAGGCAUCCGUGAAGUUUGCCCAGGAGAAGGGCAUGAUCCCGCUCAAGCAUCAUUUGAUACCGCGUACCAGGGGCUUCACCACAAGCCUGCCCACGCUGCGCGGCAUCUGUCCGGCUAUUUAUGACAUCAGCCUGGUAUUCAAGCGCGACUCAAAGGUGCCCGUGAGUCUGAAUUCCAUACUGAGUGGCGAGACGGUUACGCCAUAUAUCUUUGUCCGACGAUUCCCAUUGGAGAAAGUGCCCGAGGGCGAGAAAGAGGCCGCCGCCUGGUUGCAGAAUCUGUACAUCGAGAAGGAUCGCAUUGUCGAUAGCUUCCAUGAGACGGGCAGUUUCUUCAAGACGUCGGGCAUUAAAGAGGUGCCCCUCAAGAUCUACGAGCCGCGCAUCACCAGCCUCAUCAGCUUCGCCGUGGUGGGCAUCUGCUCCAUGCUAUCAAUCUUCUACUACUUCGUCUCAUCCUUGCUGGCCGCGAACUGGUUUGGCCUGAUAACCAUUAUGACCAUAUUUGUGAUAUUUUUCCUGCUGCUGAGAAAAGCGAACAACAUGUCAAAGAUCAGCAAGGCUUCCACAUAUGGCAACGCUGGUGGCAAAUCGAAGACAAAUUAGUUUAAUUGUCCAAUUUUGUAUACAGAAUACAAUAGGGAAGAUUACGUUUGCAACUAAAAAGGAGGCGUCUCCGCACCUUAAAGCUUGCGGAUUCUUUGACGGGGAUUAAGGAGAUAUGUACAUGUUUAUAUGUAUAGCGAUUUAACGAUUUUUUUAAUGAUUUGAUAAUAAAGAAUGCAAAAUAAA